CAAGAAUGUACCAUUUUCUGUAGAUGUACGACACCAGCAGUGGCUGUUAUCAUCUUGUGGUUCAGCAUGGUCAGCACUACUCGUCAUUUCUUUAUGAUGGAGAUCAAGUUAUGUCAGGUACUUUAUGUAACUUGUUUGUUUACAAGCGAGAACUUGAUUUACUGUUUGGCAGUUUGCAAUCUGAGAUUAAAGGAAUUAGCUCUCAAAAUGUAAUAAUACUUGGAGUCAAAUAUCAAACUGGAAAUGUCAUUCGUGUGUCUGGCAACAAUCAUGAAAAAUUUGUAUAUCAUAUCAUUCAUGAGAUUUUAGUAUUUGAAGAUAAGAAGAUUUUUAUUGUAAAACCACUAAAAGUUAUAGAAUUUUCAAAGAAAUUUUGUGCUUAUGAA